CCUUCUAUUCACUUUCCCAACACAGCCUUAGAGGUUAUUGAAUCCCCCCCGCCCCCUUUCUCUCCUCAAACUUUGAGAAACAUGGGUCGAGCUCCAUGUUGUGACAAGGCUAACGUCAAGAAAGGACCUUGGUCCCCCGAAGAAGAUGCUAAACUCAAAGCCUACAUCGAGAAGUAUGGAACUGGAGGCAACUGGAUUGCUCUUCCCCAAAAAAUCGGUCUCAAGAGAUGUGGAAAGAGUUGCAGACUUAGAUGGUUAAAUUAUCUGAGGCCUAAUAUCAAGCAUGGUGGGUUUACAGAAGAAGAAGACAACAUCAUCUGUAGCCUUUACAUUAGCAUCGGAAGCAGGUGGUCCAUAAUCGCAGCACAGCUACCGGGAAGGACAGACAAUGACAUAAAGAACUACUGGAACACCAGAUUGAAGAAGAAGUUACUGGGAAGAAGAAAACAAUCUUCUGCUGGCUUCAAUAAUAAUCCAAAAGCCAGAAAUGGAUCAUCAGGAAAUUACGAACAAGAUGAUUCAAAUGCCCUAAGCAACUCGGCUCUCGAACGUCUUCAACUUCAUAUGCAGCUUCAAAGCCUCCAAAACCAAAACCCUUUAUUCUCUAAUUUCUUCAACAAUCCUGCACUCUGGCCCACCACCAAGCUUCAUCCUCCAAUCAUGACUGGUAUUGCCUCUGAUGAUGGUAAUAAUCAUAAAAACCCUGACCAGUCACAAAAAGAUGAUCAUUUCUACAAACCAUCUGUUCCAUCUAGUACUGAUGGUACCUCUCUUCAACAAGAACAUGAAAAGAUCACAAGUUCUUCUCAGAUUGACAUGUCGGUUCCUUUCAUGCGGGUUGAUCCAAUGGACUCUAAUGGUGUGGCAACAGUAAGACUUGAAGACGGAGUUCAUCGUCAGCAAACUAAUAUGGGGAAUCUGCAGCAAGUUUCUGCGCUUCAGGCUGAGCUGCAUGAGAUUCUCAGCAAUAAUAGCAUAUCAAUGAGUUACAAUAUGGCACAGGCUGAUCAAGAUCAGAUGGCCGAUUUUGAUUGUUUUGCAGAAAUGAAUUCAACUGAUGAUUCGAGGGACAACAUGAUGAAUAUGUGGUGGUCCAAUGAUUUAGGGGCCAAAUCAGCAUCUUCCGGCUCUUGGGGAUCAAGUACAAGCACAAGUACUCCUGUUCUUCAGCCAGAAGGGAUGUUUCAAGAUAGUUAUGAACUGGUGGGUUAUAGUUUGUAGUCACAACGGUGCAUAACAAUAUGAGGUAAUUUUAUGUGCCAGUCCAUUCGUCAUAAUAUGGGGAGAAAGAAGAAUACAUCCAGCAGAUUGUCUUGUAAGUUAACAGCGUCGUGAAUAUUGAGAAUAUUUAAUAAUGUAAAAGUUGUAAAUCAGUGUUUGAGUGUUUGUAGAAAUUCAUGUUGUGAAUUAUGAAUC